CUUUGAUGCUCGCUGUUGACUUUUUUCGACAUUCUGACAGAUACAAAAUUGUACGGUUUGAUAUAACGGCUUGAGCUCUCUGUGGUAUCUGAACACUAAUGAUCGAGAUAGUGAAUCAUCCAUUCAGCCCUCCUUCCUCCCCAGGCCUUGCAAACGUCAGCUUUUUCCACCGUACAUGAAUCACAACAUUCACACAUUCACACAACACAUAUUCACAAUCGCAACACAAAAAGAUACGUGGUGUUGCGCUGCUUCCUGCCAGUUUCACCGCGGAAAGAAAAAAAAUUAAACCACGCCCGAACGGAAAAGCGACGAGACGUGUGCCUGGAAAUAACCGCGAUUUCAACGGUGUAAAUUUAGAAUAGAGAGAGCUGUACAGUAUAUAGUCGUGUGUGUUGUACCAGGUUAAACCGCAGCAGCUAGCCAGCAUCAGCAGACGCAGUCAGUUCAUCGAAGCAAGGCGAACGAGAAAAUGGCUUCUUACACGGAGGACCAGUUGAGUGAGUUCCAGGAGGCAUUUCAGCUGUUCGACAGUCGCGGUGACGGUAAAAUUCACGUCGCCCAAAUUGGAGAUGCUCUACGUGCUCUCGGCCAAAAUCCCACUGAGUCGGACGUGAAAAAAUUCACGAAUCAGCACAAACCCGACGAAAGGAUUAGCUUCGAGGUGUUCUUACCCAUUUACCAGGCAAUAAGCAAAGCUCGUUCCUCAGAUACUGCCGAUGACUUCAUUGAGGGGUUGCGGCAUUUUGAUAAAGAUGGCAACGGUUACAUUCUAGCGGCCGAACUUCGGCAUUUGCUGACAACGCUUGGCGAGAAACUAAGCGACGACGAAGUGGAGAGUCUUCUGACUGGUAACGAAGAUGCACAGGGUAACAUAAAUUACGAAGAAUUCGUGCAUAUGGUUUUAAUGGGCUAAAAAAACGACGCUUGGGACCAUAUUUGUAUACUAUACAUAAAACAAAUUUUAUCGGUGGUAUUUUACACAAAGAGUUCUAGAGUAUAUGCACAGCAGAUUCCCUCAAAGUAAUUAGAACCCUAUGCUUCUUUUAAUCCAAAUAUGCUAAAUUAGAGUUUUUAUAUUUUUUAAGAAAAUAGCUAUUAGGUCUAUUUUGACGAUUAUGGAAACAUAGAUCCGCUGUGCCUUAAAAGUUGUUAAGUUAUUUGCAUUUAGUUAGAGUGAUAUUGAGCGACUACUUUAUUAACGCAGUUGAAAAUCUACCAACUUCAUAACUGAAUUCAACUAAGAAGAUGAGCUUUCAAUGGUAGGGAACAAAUAGUAUGAAACUCGAAGCAAAAUAUUUCUCAUAUUAACUGUAACAUGUACACCGUAAUCUGUAAAAUAAGCACAAAAAUAAAAACAGGGAAUUGUAAUCUUGUAAUCGAAUGAUGUACAAUAUGCUAUGAGUUUCGAGCUCAAAUCAAACUAAUUGAUGACUUUGAAUUGUUAAAUCAUCUGAUUAUUAUUCAAUGUUUCAAUAAAUUGUCCUAUAUUUCGGAAUUUUCUUAGAAAAAAAUUAUAAAAAUUUUGUGUACGUUAAAAGACAUACUUUCGUUUAUGUAUGCUUUAUUCAUAUACUUUCUAUUAUAAUCAUAAAACGUACAAUCAAAUUCUAAAAAGCUUUAUUGCUUUUUGAUGAAUAAAUCAAAGCGUAAUAUAUACUGUAAAUCAAUAUAGCUUGCAAGAGCUUUUGUAACAAAUUUAUGUCUAACAUCAAGUAUUAAAUGAUUCAUAGAUUAAUUUUAAUAAAGUCAAAUUUCGAUUUAUACAACAAAAA